AUGGAGUGCCGCCACUGCUGCCGCACUUUCACCAGUAUUUUCUGAACUCGAAAAAUAGUUUUCAGUUAGAGAUUCAGCUGUGAAGGAGGUGCGAGAGCAUGAAAGGGUGUCUCACGAGGAGAAAGUUCGGCGGAAGCAACCACAGCGUUGGAAAUGCACCUACUGCCAUCUCGAGUUCUUAUCGCGCCACGUAAGUGUCAAUCUCAUUUUCUCUAUUAAUGCGCAUUCGUAUCCAUUUUCAAAAACAAGAUGUUCUAAUUAGUUGGAAAACUAUUCUUACUGUUUUUAUUAUCCAGGUAAUGUUGCUCAAUAUUUUCUCGGCUUGCACAGUUUUUAAGUUGUAAUAAAAGAACGCAUUCAGUCGCUUGCAUUAUAUCCGGAAAAAGGGCUUUCGUUCUCGGACGCUAUUUGUGUUUUUUUUGAGGCAUUGAGGAACAAAAAUCAACGAAAAAUGGGCUUUAGUCGAUGUUUAGAAAAUUAUCAACUGAAAAGAAACCACUAAAUGUUUUUUAUUCAACGUACAAAAGUCAAUCGAGGUCAGCCAAUGAAUAGGAUCCGCGGUGAAAUAGCUAUCGGAGUGCUAUCCGGCAGCAUACUUCCUAAGCUUGCCUUCGCAAAUGCAGAAAGAAUUGGGAUUUGAGUGCACGGAAAGAAUUUUUAAAUACCAGAAUUUUAGCAUCUCUACGCUAUUUAUUGAUUUACCGUUAGAACAUCCCGAUUGAAUUUGAGAGAGCACUUUCUUAGCUAAUUUUGUGGAUACGCCGAUCGACAGUUGUACAAUUUAUUUUCUUUUAACUGCAAUGAGCGAAAUGGUCGAGAUCUGUUUUCGCACGUGUUCAAUUCCUGUAAUUUUGACUUUUGCUCGCGUUUUCUGUUCAGCCAUAGUCAAACAAAUAUUUUUACUUGUGUAAUAAUGUUUGUAUUGACGCCAAGAACGAUGCGCGACCACUUACACACAAACAAAACAAACUGAAUACCGCACCCCGCAUUUUCAAGUCGAACGAAAUGGAUUUUUAAAAAUUGGUUUGUGAGAUUUAUUAAAAGUAUUCAAAGUUAAACUAAACCAAUCUUCCUGGUUAACUAUCAUUCCGGCUUCCCGACUUCAAAUUUCACGGUUUUGCAUUUAUGAAAAGAAUGGGUUGAGGGACGCGAUAGCCACGUCGUCACGCACUUUUCCAACGUGAUGGACGAGGUUUGGAAGAGCCUGGACGAUAUGCAGCACGAGGUUUCGGGUGGGAAGUCUCAGCUUUCGUUCUAUUGAUUGCGUGUCUUUUCCAGCCAUGCUGAACGAGUGUCCGAUCUGCAGUUGUGUGAUGGGCAGCCGCAAAAGCUUCCGGAUGCACGUCAUUCAUCGGCAUCUCAUCAUCGACCCAGAGACCUUCAUUUGUUCGUUCUGUUUUUCCUGUACCAUCCUUGAAUUUCUGCCGAUUCAGCCAAAACGAACGUGAAAGUGGAAGUGAAAGAAGAAGUCGAAGAUCCGCUCUACGAGAGAAAUUGUAAUUAGCUGUUUGAUAAGAAUAGUUGUUUAAGCGCUAUUGAUUGGCCUAAUGUAUAUAUUAUUGUAUUAAUUUCAAUCAAUCUCUAACUGUUUAUUUAUAAUAAUUGUAAAAUUUUCUGUGUUUAUCUUUAUAUCGCCUUUAGCAUUUUAGGAGCAUAUCUAUCAUUUCGUUUGUAUUAUUAUUUAUUCACUCGUUUGAGGUUUGUUUAUGGUGUGUUUAUGGUGAUAUAUAUAUCAACGUGUUUAUAUAGAGUUAAUGUCACAGUGGUGAUAAGUAUUCUUAUGAAAAUAAAUUAAUUUCGUUUGUCUUCGAAACCUCUUUGCUGUAAACGUCAGACCAUUAGGUUUCGGUUGUAAAGAACUGUCGGAAAAGGAACCUAAGCUUUAAAGUGCAAAUUCAAAAAAGUAGUCUGUUUUCUUCACAAAAGUUUAAAAUACUGUACUUUUCAACCAUUUGAAAAUGCUUAUCAAAAACCCUCGAGAAAAACAAAGCAUCAAGUUUUGAAGGGUUUCGAUGCCGAUAAGAUGUAGUGGAGGCUGAUGCGACAACACUACGGCGUAGUCUUGGACCUCGCGAUUCUCUUUCCCUUCCUUUCUUCACGAACUGCUCGAUGACUUUGGAGCUGCCGAUAGUGUUCGUGGCCAAUGGCGUCGUACUGCCAGGGGCGUCUCUUAAGCUGCCCAUUCGAAGCAAGAACAAGUGAGUUCUGUGGGAGAAGAAGGGAAACAGGAGUUUGUCGCAGCAUGGGGACAGUGGAGAAGUACCUGCUGGACAAGUCGUCGAAGACGAUCGCCGUCGGCUACCGUCUCUCCCAGGAGAAGAUGUUCGAGGCCGCGACCCAGGUCGCCGUCCAACAGGUCACCUGCUGGACCUUCAACUCCCACGUCCAGUACACGCUGCACGUCGUCGGCCUGCAGAGGAUCUCCGUCGACAGAAUCUCCACCUCGACCUGCGUUGCCACCCCUCUCCGUGACGUCACUGGUAGGUCUCUUCCGAAGAGGAUCCCGAAUGUUCCGAACUUUGUUUUUUAUUUGUGAAAUUAAUUUUAAUUUGAAUUCUCUUGAUUCUGCUUGAAUGACUGUAUGAGAUAACUCGUCAAAUUUUCUCUUUUUUCAGCUUCCGGUAAACCUUAACUUUUUCAACGAAGAAAUUUAUUAUUUUAAUUAAUCGACUUUGAAACGAAGUUAAAUUGAGGUACAGUGGGGAAUGAAAAAGUUUUUUUUUUGUUUGAGAUUAUGAUGAGUAAUUUCAAGACGAGAAAACUGCGACACUUGGCGAAGAAUUUCUGAAGAUUGUUAAACCGUUCAUCGAAAAGUCUGACAACGUAGAGAUAACUGUCCAACUGAAGCGCUUGGCCGAAGAGAAAAACUUCGGAGCUCUGGUCGAUCUUUUGUUCGUUCUUGGCUUCUUUUCAUGACAGGAAGCGAGAAUUUGCAGCGUCUCACAGCUGAAGAACGUCAGUUACGUGCAGCAACUAGAGUUCCUGGCAAGCAGAGACGUGAACGCACGACUGCAGCUGUGUUCUCAGUGGAUUGAGGACCAGAUCUCCUCGACCAGAUCCGUUCCCAGCAGUGGGACGUCGUCGCUUCAGAAGGCUUUGGCCUUGAAAGACCCACAAUCCUGGAAAAAAGUUUCGAGGUCGACUGGAGGCCACAAGUCGCCAGUUCAGGCCGUCGAGGAGAAACUCAAACAGAUGGCAUUGCCCGAGGGGAUUCAGGUCAGUCGAAUCGAGGCAACUCCACGACGACUUCCGGCUUGUUGCAGGAUAAAGUGAUGGGUGAGGUCGAACGUCUAAAGUCGAUGAAUGCAACUCAAAGUGAGCACAACGUGUUGCUCAACUGGCUCGAGCUGGUCGCCGCUCUACCGUGGAACGUCUCUGAGAACACGGAGAUCGACCUCAUUAAGGUUGUUUGAGUUUCACUAAAAGGUGAAGUUCCAAAGUUAUAAAAGCACUUUUUUUUAUAACGAAUCGUCAAAUCUGACUGGCGAGAGAGUCGUUCAAGUCGGAACUUUGGCAUUUUUUGAAAAAAAAAAAACUUUACCGAACACUUUUUGAGAUCUAGAUUUCAGUUCUCAAAACCAAAAUCUCAAAAUUGAAGACUUUCCCGAAGUUUUCCUUUGAAUUAUUACUCUCAAACAAUAUGCUUGAGUUUCUUUUUAUUCAUCAAAUCAAACGUCAAGAUUAUUUUUAAAUGAAAGCUAUUUUUUUCGAUUUAAAAAAAUUAUCGUCAGAAGUAAAUUAUUAUUUUUUCAAAAGUUCAAAAAAAUCAACCAAAGUACAUUUUUUUUCUAGAACCGAGAAUCCAAAAAUUUUUAAAAAUGUAAUUUUUUUCGAUCAGGAAAGACUUUUCGUAAUUUUAACCGACUUGAACUUGGUUGCAAAUUCAAAUUCUCGAAAUUUUUGCGCGCAACGAGUGCUAUGCAACCUUUAAACUUACCAGUCUCUAAAAUCCGAAUUUUGUGCAAGUAGCGACUGUGAGAUACAUUUGAGCUUUAAGAAUGUUUGAGCAAAUCAAGAUAAAAGUCAAAUCUUCUUGAAAUACCCCUCACGGAAGACACCUGUCUCUAAAAGAAUGAUCUCAUGAAGAGUUCAGGCGAGGACGAUUCUAGAAGCGUCCCAUGAUGCGAUGGACGACGUCAAGCAACGUGUCCUGGAGCAUCUCGCCGUUUGCAAACUCAACGACUCGGUACUUUGUUCUUCGAUAGCCGUUCUGAAGUCAUUUAGUCUAGGUAAACGGCGUGAUUCUUUGUUUCUCUGGUCCUCCAGGAAUCGGCAAAACGAGCGUGGCUCGGGCCAUUGCUCAGUCGAUGGGACGCAAGUUCCAACGCGUUUCUCUUGGCGGAAUUCGCGACGAAAGCGACAUCCGCGGCCACAGGUGCUUUCGUUGAAAUGGAUCAGAAAGUCCUUGUUUUCAGACGAACUUACGUCGCUUCGAUGCCUGGCCGUAUUAUCGAGGCUCUCAAGACGUGCCGCGUCAACAACCCAGUUAUUCUUCUUGACGAAAUCGACAAACUGGUCGGUGUUUUCAUGAUUUCCUUUGUGUAUCUCCGUCUUCAGUACGCUGGCAACUCGGGAAGUCCGUCUGCGGCGUUGCUGGAACUCCUGGAUCCUGAACAGAACAACGCCUUCCACGACCAGUAAACUGUUCCUCGUUGAUUUACUGAACGAAUGUUUAGCUAUCUCAACCUGCCCUUCGACAUGUCGAAUGUGAUGUUCAUAGCCACCGCUAACGACCUCAGCAACGUGGAACCGGCGUUGCGAGAUCGUCUCGAGGUCGGGUUUUCUGAAGCAAAGUGGAAAAUAAAGUUCAGAUCAUUGAGAUGAGCGGCUAUGGACUCAAGGAAAAACUUAACAUUGCCCGAAGACAUUUACGAGCACGGCAGCUUCUGAAGCAUGGCAUCUGCCCGGACUACCUGACCCUCGACGACGGGGCCAUCGAAACAAUCAGUCUGGAGCGUCUGAGCGGCGUGAUAAAUGAGGCUUGUUUCAGUUGAAGAGUACACAAUGGAGGCAGGAGUGAGACAGCUGGAACGACACAUUGCUUCGGUCUGUCGAUACGCCGCCUUGAAGUAACCAGUUUCCUUCUCUAAGUAGAAGUCCUGAAACUCCAGGCUCGCCGAAGCGUGCAACGACGACGUCCAGGCUGAUGUCGUGCCCGAUCUUCAGCUGCCGAUCAUCGUCACGCCUUUGCACAUCCAUCGCAUCCUUCGGGUAAUCAUACUCUCCUCUUCUAGCUGAACUCCCAAAAGUUCGAAUAUUUUCAAGAAGAAACAAUAACGAGGAAAUAAAGAGAGGAAAAAUGGAAAUCAAAGAAGUUUUUUUUUCGGUAAGCCAAAGAUUUUGAGGAGCGGUUUUUAAAAUUUUUCAAAAUGCCAGCGUUUCCAAAAAAAACCUAACACAGAUUUUUAAACAAUUGAAGGUACGGAAACUCCAAAAAUCUCUUUCCUGCUGGUCGAGUACCUUUGACAUCUAGACUGCUUCUAUGUAAGGUCUCUAUUCUUCAUUUUCAGGGCAAGCAGAUGAACAGGAUCAAAGUAGUCGAGUCGAUGCGGCCUCUUCCGCCGGGCGUCUGCUUCGGCCUGAGCGUGACCGCAGACGGCGGUCGCGUCAUGCCCAUCGGUGCCGUAUCUCCGGCGUUCCAGUUUGAAAAAGGUCUUCAGAGGCGUCGAAGAGCGAUGGCAAUGGAAAGGUGACAACGACGGGAAAACUCGGCAAGGUUCUCGAGGAGAGCGUUCACGUCGCCGCCGCUUGGCUCGCUUCCAACGCAAAAAGGUUCGCUUCCGCCUCGAUAUUUCCUACUUUUUCUUUUCUUUCAGACUGGAAAUGACACCUUUGAAGAACUACGACAUUCACGUGCACCUUCCUGAAGGUUUUUUCCGUCGCUAGCUAACAGUAUUUAUUACUACAAAGAAAUUAAAAAAACGUGUAUGUAAAAAAAAUUUUGAAUUCACAUUACGGGGAACGGAAGGAAAUCUGACGAAGAUAAAUUUUGCGCUGAAAUUUCCUGGGCAAAUUAUUUCAAAAAUUUCAAAAAAAAAGUAGGGUCUCCUGUUUGUAUUUCCAUGGAAUGUCCGCACAAAUCCAAUUAUCCCCAAGAGACGUUGGCAGGUUAAUCCUGUGAGCAGAAACAGAAAUCGAAUUAGUGUCGUUGUAAAGAAGCCAAACGACUUCUGAAAUCCUCGCCGCCCUAAUUGCAGUCGAACUUUGACUCUUUCUGAAGCCUUGAAUGACGUUUUGUGACGUUUCAGAUUUUUUACUCAUAAUUUGAGACCUUUAAUUGGAUUAAUCUGAACAAGAUUCACUUCGCGAUUUUCUUCCGAAUUUAAAUGGUCUGCCAGAAAAGAUGCUAAAGCGUUAAAACCAACGUUUGCUUUGAAAGAAAAUUUUGUAAUCAAUGAUGAUAAUUUCUUUCAUGUUUUCAGUGCCUUCUUUAUUAUUUUUCUUAAAUUGAAUCUCUGACAAAAAAAAAGAAAUUCCUAAAAAAAAAAUGUUGCGGUUAAGGUGGGAUCGGAAAAGACGGACCGUCGGCAGGUUGCGGCUUGGCGGCGGCACUGGCUAGUCUGGCGACGGAAACGCCACUCCGGUCCGACACAGCCAUCACCGGAGAGAUCUCACUCUCAGGCCACGUCCUGCCUGUGAGUCCGACUCCUUCGACUCGAGCUAGGCUGCUUUCAGGUCGGCGGCAUCAAAGAAAAGGUCCUGGCGGCGCAGCGCGAACGUCUUCAGCGCGUCGUCCUUCCCGCCGCCAAUCGACAGCAGAUUGAGAAGCUCGAUGAUGACGUCAAGGUUUGUCGCGAAUAUUUUUCCUUUUCUUGACGCGAAUCGAACAUGUCGGGCCGUUUCUAGUUACCACUUUAGUAGCGUGAGCACUCUUAAGUGAUCCUAGAAAAGCUCAGAAACGUCCGGAGCACGUCCGGUUUUCAUUACCGAGGUCUGAUUCUAAGAGAAGUUAAUUCUCGUUGGAGCGAAAACGCCAAAAAUGUUGUUAGAAUCGCUUUCUUGUUUUGAAAAUUUCGCGUCUUUGAUCAGCAAAACUAAAUAAAAAAUACGCUAAACAUAUUUAAAUUGCGCAUUAGUUAUCACAUCGCAUUUCCCGCGCUAAUGUCGACUAAUUUGUUUAAUUAAUACCGCAGUCUUCCCCGUGAGCGUGACAAAGAGUGUUUUUCUUCUGUUCUCGGGAUAAUUAGCACACAAAAGGUUUUGAAAUACGUCACUAUCGAAAAUUCAGCAAAGGGAAACUUGCGAAAGUGGAUAAAUCGGCGAAAAUAAUUUGGGUAUAUCUUCAAAGCUUCGCUAUGUGAAUUUUUUAGAUGUUUUUUGAAGGUUUUCUGAAGGUCCUUAUUGCAUUUUGAAAAAUUCUUGAAGAAUUCAAUAGAUUUUUUUUAUUUUUUUAAAUUUGGUUUUUACUGAGUGUAAUUAUCUUGUAGCGGAAAAAAACUGGAAAGUUUAAUCUUUGUGGGUAUUUUGAUCCUAUGGAAAGACUUUUUUGUCACCUCAAGUUGGAAUCUGAACUACUCGUUAUGCUCAUCGUAUGCAUUAUUUCUCUUUUGAAACUUUUCCCUCCCACACAAAAGUACUUUUGAGAGGGUAGCUCUGAGAUAAGAAGCUGAAAAGCUUUUUCAACUACUUCUCGUUGAAAAAAAACUAUUUGGAUGGUUUUCGAGCAAUAUGAGUUAGGAAGAUUCUUCAGGAAACUAUAGCUCAUUGAAAAAGGUGAACCCUCUAAAAUUUCGUUCCUCAUGCCGACUAAAAAAAGCUCAACGAGAUUCCGACGCUGAAGCAGUCUCCCACGCAGGCUCGUUGCCGCGCAUGGUUUCCUCAAAAUAAAGAGAAAUUGGCCGCCAGCCAGCAUCCGAUAUUAUAUUCUGAUUAAGCACCCGCAGGCGCUUGGUGUAAAUAGAUUUGGCUUGGACGUAGGCUGGCCUUUUCGCAGAACUGCGCAGUUUUUUGCAGCCAAGUGGUCAGUAUCAAUUGGUUGACUUGACUGCUUGCCAGACAACUUUUUAAGAACAACUUGAAAUAUGAUCUUUCGGAAGGUUGAAUGAGACAAUGUCUUUAUUUCAGCGCGAAAUGGAGCUCGUAUUGGUGGAGAACAUUGACCAAGUCAUCGCAGCUAUGCUUGAGAAUCGCUUGUUUUCCAAACUGUAA